ACUAUGUCAAAUUGCGUCUAUGAUUUGGACGUUGUGCUUGUUUUGCCCAAUUGAUAAAUUAGAAAUUACAUACAUUUUAAUUAUGUUUCUACAUAUAACUGCAGUUUGAUUUGAAAAGAUUGUAAUUGCGUUAGCAUUUGCGUGUCCUGUGGAUAAGGUGAAAUAAAGGGAUUGCAAAUGUCAAUAUGUCAGGAUCUCGGCCUUAAUUUCCAACAGAGAAUGGGCGCAAAUAUAUCACAGUUGGAAAGAGAUAUCGGGUCAGAGCAGUUUCCGCCAAACGAACAUUAUUUUGGUUUAGUCAAUUUUGGAAAUACCUGUUAUAGCAAUUCAGUGCUACAAGCACUCUACUUCUGCCGCCCAUUUAGAGAAAAAGUUUUAGAAUAUAAGGCUAAGAACAAGAGAACCAAGGAGACAUUGCUGACAUGUUUAGCCGACCUGUUUUAUAGCAUUGCCACUCAGAAAAAGAAAGUUGGCUCCAUUGCACCUAAAAAAUUCAUUGCUCGGCUGAGAAAGGAAAAAGAGGAGUUUGACAACUACAUGCAACAGGAUGCCCAUGAAUUCUUGAAUUUCCUUAUAAACCAUAUAAAUGAGAUUAUUUUAGCUGAACGCAAUCAGAGUACUCUCAAGCUGCAAAAGAACACAUCUGGCGAGAAUGUUACAUGCAACGGCACAUUGCCACAGAGUACGGAGCCGACGUGGGUGCACGAGAUAUUUCAGGGCACUCUCACCAGUGAAACUAGAUGUCUCAACUGUGAGACAGUAAGCAGCAAGGAUGAGCAUUUCUUUGAUCUGCAGGUGGAUGUAGGUCAAAACACUAGCAUAACGCACUGCCUAAAGUGUUUCAGCGACACAGAAACAUUAUGUAACGACAACAAAUUCAAAUGUGACAACUGCAGCAGCUACCAGGAAGCACAGAAGCGAAUGAGAGUCAAGAAACUUCCUUUGAUUCUGGCGUUGCAUUUAAAAAGAUUCAAAUAUAUGGAGCAGUAUAAUAGGCAUAUUAAAGUCUCGCAUAGAGUCGUAUUCCCUUUGGAGUUGAGGCUAUUUAAUACUGUGUUUCCCUUACAGUCAGACGAUGCGGUGAACCCGGACCGGCUGUACGACCUGGUGGCCGUGGUGGUCCACUGCGGCUCCGGGCCCAACCGGGGGCACUACAUCAGUAUAGUCAAGAGUCACGGCUUUUGGUUGCUGUUCGAUGAUGAUAUGGUUGAUAAAAUUGAUGCCUCAGCGAUAGAAGACUUCUACGGCCUAACUUCGGACAUUCAAAAGUCAUCAGAAACUGGUUACAUACUAUUCUACCAGUCUAGGGAUGCUAGUUGUUAAGUUUAUUCAUUAAUUAUAGUAAUUUAUAUUAUUUAAGAUAGUCACUAUCACAAAUCAUGUUAUGCUGCGAUUGUUAAAGUUGAAAUGGCAUUAUAUUAUUGAGAAAUUGUUUAAUUCAAAUUAUUAUUAUUAUCCAAUUUUCAAGUGCUAAUCACGUUAUGCAAUGUAUUAAAUAGUGUAACUUUCAGUAGCUUAUGUGAAAAAUUCUUACAUACUUGGGUGAAUAAAAUUUCUCUUCUUCCACAGAUAGAUUUUUCUUUCUUCUUUUCUUAUUUAUGCAUUCACUCAAGUCAUACUACUGAUUUGUAGAUUGCAUAACGAGAUGUGCAGUUUAGAUUUCAUUCAAUUGUAUAUAUUUCAUUUCAGAUUAAAAAGUUGCAAUUUUUCUCCAA